UCAGGCGGAGACGGGCCUGAUAUCGCUCCUUCCUCCCAUGCUGCGGACUUUGCAACCCACUGCUGGCCCCAAAGCCUCAGCUUUUACGGCCACUGGUGCAAUCAACGUCCACGUUGCCGCGUUCUGAACCGCUACCAUAUAUGAGAGUUGGGGCUCCAUCUGAUGCUCAUUUCGACAGCCUUACGAUUUUUGCUGUUUGAUGAAAUUGACUGAAGUGACACGAUGUCCCCAAACCCCGCGAGUAGUCCUGCUACCAUUCCAUCGACUGUGCCAAGCAUCAGUCAAGCGAGGCUACAUACCAUCAUCGCAGGACUGUGGUUUUGUCUGUUUCUCUCCGCUUUGGAUACGACCAUCGUGACUACCGCCCUCAUCAAAAUCUCAAGUGGCUUCAACGCUUUGGAGCAAGCAGCAUGGCUGGUCACCACCUAUCUUCUGACAUACAACAGUGAGUACCUACCACACCAGUCCUGUUCACCUAGAGUGACAUCAAUAGGCUUCUUGAUGAUCACGGCAAAACUAAGUGAUAUAUGGGGGCUCAAGACCGUUCUACUUGCAUGCGGCGCUAUAUUUUUGGUCUUCUCCAUGGCCUGUGGGGCAGCUCAGACAAUGACCCAGCUGAUCGUUUUCCGUGCGUUCCAAGGUAUCGGAGGCUCCGGCCUGUACUCGCUUACCUUCGUGUCGAUCCUGAAGCUCAUCGUGCCGGAAAAGAUCGGGUUCUACUCCGGUGUCAUCAGUUCAGUAUUCACUAUGUCCAAUCUCUUGGGACCGCUACUUGGUGGUAUUAUCGCAGAUCGGACGACAUGGCGGUGGAUCUUCUUCAUGAAUGGGCCCAUAUGUGUGGUCGCGAUGACACUGCUCUACUUUUCCAUGCCCAGCCUAAAGGAUAACAAGUCACAGUCCGAGCGCAUACGCGGUCUUGAUGGCAUCGGAGGCAUCCUCUCCAUAUGUUGGCCAAUACCACUGAUCUUUGCCCUGCAAGAGGCCGGUGUGUCGCAUCCUUGGAGCAGUGGAGUCAUCAUAGGAACUCUUGUUACUGGAAUAGUCUUGUUCUUCACGUUUGUAGUCUACGAAACCUGGGUCACCUACCGAACCAAAACGGAGCCCAUCUUUCCGAUUCGCUUUAUACGCAAUCCCUCUAUGGCGCUCAUCCUAUUGAGCAUGUUCCUCCUCGGUAUGCCAUUCUACGUGAUCUUCGUGCAGCUCCCUCAGCGGUUUCAGACCGUCAACUUCACCACCGCCGAACGCGCGGGUAUUCUUCUCCUGCCCUGCACCCUCGUUUCGCCAGUUGGUGCCAUGGUCGCAGGCCUCGCUACUAAGAAGAUCGCACCAGAGUAUAUACUCAUUCUGGCCACGGCUAUUGUGUGCGUUGGCACAGGACUUAUGGGUAGCUUACCCACACACUCGCACCUCUGGCCCGGUAUAUAUGGUUACGAAGUCAUUGUUGGCCUAGGCUUGGGGCUUUCAAGUCCUCCGUACUUCAUGUUACUUUCGAUCUCGAUCGCAGAAAAGGACAUAUCUGUUGGCACAGGCGCGCUCAAUAUGAUGCGUACACUAGGUGGUUGCGUUGCGGUAGCGAUAUGCACGGCCGUGCAUCGCGAGUACACCUCCGACAGGCUCACGACGUAUCUCUCGCCGGACCAGAUUGCUGCCGUUCAGACAUCGAGUGCAGCGCUUGCGCAGAUGCCAGAAGCCAUAAAGGAUGAAGUCGCAGAAGUCUUUGGCGGGAGCUACAACCGUCAGUUCCUUAUCAUGCUUGCCUUUACAGUAUUGAAUUUGCUCGUUACAGUGUCGUUGGUCGUUGUGAGGAAGAAGACAGGGGUCUUUGGUACACCAGUGGAGCGAACAGAGGAGAAUGAGUUUUACAGGGCUGCAGGGAAGAACGCUGAUCCAGAGAAGUUGCCAGCGAGCAAGGAUGGAAAUGGAACAGCUGGCAUAAGAGCGUCGACAACAGUCGAUGAUCGGGAUGAGAUUCUAGCUACGCCAGUUGACGCAGAGAAAAGAAAGCUGUAAUCGAAGCCAAGAGCAAUCAGAGCAGUUUUCGUGUCACAACUUUCUCCGUGGGCAAUGAGACCUUAUCAAUAACCCCCCGUCUUUGAUGACUAUCUUACUGACUGUAUGAGGCCGUCGGAAAGCCAAGUCCAAGCAGGCGAACGCCAGAAAACACAGGU